AUGUUAUUGAAAUUCGGGAUAUCCAAGCCCGCUACCGACAGACUCUUCCUUCCCAUCCCUAAAGCACCACGUGCUGGCCAUCUGCACGCUACGGACACAAUUAUCGACCUCUAUAGGCAACACAUCAGCCCCGGCAAGGAGCUGGAUUCAUUUGUCGAAGGGGAUAUAAUCCCGCGGAUCGCGGCCAUUCUUAGCCCUACCGAGCUAGGGCUGAGCCAAGGGCAAACAUGGACGAUUUCACUUCACAGAAUUUGCGCGCAGGCCUUGGUUAAUGGCAUUGUCAGGUCUUACUAUGGGGACAUUGUUCUCCAAAUCCAGCCGGACUUUGCGGGGCGCUAUAUGGACUGGGAGAGAUCAAGCUGGAAGUUCCUUAUGGGGCUACCUAGGUUCUUGAGUAAGGAUAUGCUGGCCGCUAAGGGAGACAUGAUAAAUUUCUUCGUGGAAUACUUUAGCCUCUCGCCAGACGAACGAGGACACUCCAAUUACUGGGUCUCUUCGGUCGAACGCCUAUUGCGCGACCUUGACCUCACCAUCGACGAGAUUGCCCGGAUGUUUAUGCUGCACACUUCGUCAAUCAUAGGAAACAUGUACAAACUGUCCUUCUGGCUCGUCGCCCACAUCCUGAGUGAUAGUGAUUUACUCUCCUCCAUAAUUCUCGAAAUUGAACCCGCUAUUAAUCGGCAAACGCAGGCCGUCGACCAUACUUAUCUAACAGAGAACUGCCCGAUGCUCGACUCGCUCUACAGCGAGGUCCUCCGCUUGAUCGUAACAAGCCCAAUGACACGGCAGGUCUCGUCGACAAGUACCGUUGGCGGCAAGACCCUGAAAGAAGGAAGCAAGGUUCUGAUCAUCUACCGCCAGUUACAUCUCGACCUAGACACCUGGGGUCCGACUCCCGAACUUCUCCAGCCAGACCGAUUCCUGCGCGACAAGACCCUCAAGACAAAUGUAGCAUAUCGGCCAUGGGGCGCUGGCAAACAUGUCUGCCCAGGCCGCUUUCUUGCUAAAAAGGCGGUUUUUGCUUUUGUAGCAUUGCUCCUAGGGCAGUAUGAGAUUGAUAUGGAUACGGUGGGGGAACAGCCGUUUCCUCGCGCGGAUCUUGCAAAGGCUUCGGGGGUAGCAAGCAUUGCGGACGGUGAGGAUGUGAUGGUUUCCUUGCGGAGGAAGCUAGCAUGA